AACCUUACCAAAACCAUGGCUCAAGCAGACAUUGCGUUGAUUGGCUUGGGCGUAAUGGGCCAGAACAUCGUUCUGAACAUGAACAACCAUGGCUUUGUGGUCUGCGCGUACAACCGGACCGUGUCUAAGGUGCACGACUUCCUGAAGAAUGAGGCGAAAGGGACCAAGGUGAUCGGAGCAGAGUCCCUGGAGGACAUGGUGUCCAAACUGAAGAAGCCCAGAAGGAUUAUUCUGCUGGUCAAGGCUGGCCAGGCUGUAGAUGACUUCAUUGACAAGUUGGUGCCUCUUCUUGAAGCUGGCGACAUCAUCAUUGAUGGUGGUAACUCUAAAUACAGAGACACAAAACGGAGAUGCCAGAGCAUGAAGGACAAGAAACUCCUGUUUGUGGGGAGUGGGGUCAGUGGAGGGGAGGAAGGGGCUCGCUACGGAUCCUCCCUGACGCCCGGAGGACACAAAGACGCCUGGCCACACAUCAAGGACAUCUUCCAGAGCAUCGCGGCCAAGGUCGGAACCGGGGAGCCCUGCUGUGACUGGGUGGGAGACGAGGGCGCCGGCCACUUUGUGAAGAUGGUCCACAACGGCAUCGAGUACGGAGACAUGCAGCUGAUCUGUGAGGCCUACCACCUGAUGAAGGAUGUCCUGGGCAUGGACCACGAUGAGAUGGCUCAGGCUUUCAACGAGUGGAACAAGACUGAGUUGGACUCCUUCCUGAUCGAGAUCACAGCCAACAUUCUCAAGUUCAGAGACGCAGACGGAACACACCUGCUGCCCAAGAUCCGGGACAGCGCCGGGCAGAAGGGGACGGGGAAGUGGACGGCCAUCUCAGCCCUGGAGUUUGGCACGCCCGUCACUCUGAUCGGAGAGGCUGUCUUCGCCAGGUGUCUGUCCUCUCUGAAGGAGGAGAGGGUGGAGGCCAGCAGGACCCUCUCAGGGCCCCAGGGGACCAAGUUCAGCGGGAACAAAGCCAGCUUCCUGGAAGACAUCAGAAAGGCGCUGUACGCCUCCAAGAUCAUCUCCUACGCCCAGGGCUUCAUGCUGCUAAGGCAGGCUGCUAAGGAGUUCGGCUGGUCCCUGAACUACGGAGCCAUCGCUCUGAUGUGGAGAGUGGGCUCCAUCAUCCGCAGUGUGUUUUUGGAGAAGAUCAGGGAGGCCUUCGACAGAGACUCUGAGCUGCAGAGCUUGCUCCUGGACAGCUUCUUCAGCAACGCCGUACAGGACUGCCAGGACUCCUGGCGUAGGACGAUCAGUACCGGGGUCCAGCAGGGCAUCCCCAUGCCUUGCUUCACCACCGCCCUCUCCUUCUAUGAUGGAUACAGACACGGGAUGCUCCCUGCCAACCUCCUGCAGGCCCAAAGAGACUACUUUGGAGCCCACACGUACGAGUUGCUGUCUAACCCUGGCACGCACAUCCACACCAACUGGACAGGCCACGGGGGAAACGUGUCUUCCUCAUCCUACAACGCUUAAGGAAGACACACACGCACGGC